GUAGAAUUUUUUUUCCCCAUUUCUUUCUGGUUGGGGUUUUGGGGAGGUUUUUUCCAAGUUUCAGCCAUGGGAGGCGAACUCUCUUCAACCAGCACAGAACCUUCCACAAACCCUAACCACCCGGAGAAGUCCUCUCCGCCGCCUGCAAUUUCAACGGCUCCCGGCGAUUCGCACAACCCAAUUUCUUCCCCCGUCUCAGAUAAUCCCGCUGGCAUGCCGCCUUCCAAUCCAAACCCUACCGCUGAGCAACAAACUACGGCUGAAGAAUCAGAACAGUCGAAGCCGGCAGCAGAGAAGGAGGAGGGAGACGAGGAGGAGGAAGAAGGAGAAUGCGGGUUCUGUUUGUUCAUGAAAGGCGGCGGGUGCAAAGAUGCCUUCAUAGCUUGGGAGGAAUGCGUGAAGGAGGCGGAAACUGCGAAAGAGGAUUUAGUGGAGAAGUGCUCCGAGGUAACUAGGUUGUUGCAGGUGUGUCUGUACGCGAACCCAGAUUACUACGAGCCGAUCUUGAGGGCAGAGAAGAACGUUGAGGAGCAGGCGAGGAAGGAGAUCCGUGAGGAAGAGGAGCAGAGGAAGGCUGCUGCGUCGGCGGUUGAGAAGGAAGGAGACGCGGCCGCUUCGAGAUCUGAAGUCAUUGUGGUGGAGGAGGAGGCUUCUUCAACUACGCAAUGACCUAGCUCCGGUUAGAAUUGCCAUUGAUCUUUUCCCCCUUUGCUGCUGUAGUUGAGAAUUGAUUAGAACUUUGUGAGGUUUGUGCUCUAUAGAGAGAAAUUUACCUAUUGACUCUGAAAUCAGCUAGGAAAUUCAGCUAAUGGGUGUUUGUUAGCUCAAGUGUUUCUUCCUUUGUAGAAUAAAAGGAUGGUAAUGACCAAUAUACAUUGUCCCAUUUAUACACUCUCUCCCUCUCUUGCUUUGUUCUGAUGUUUUGUUCACAAUCCACAAUUUCGAGUUUGAAGCUCUGAGUUUGCCCAUGAAAUCCAGACUACUGUUCUUGAAAUUAAUAGGAGUAGGACUA